AUGCUUCGCUGCUUGAGAACCCCCUCUACCACAAGAACCAGUGCGUCGAUUGCCCGUACUGGCCUUAAAUGUGCCCAAAGUCAAUACAGAUUGAUCAGCAAAUCCACAUCGCAAAAUGCUACUGCCACAUCCAGUGCCACUGCCACGAAUAAAGCCAAGGCUCCAGACGCUAGAAGACCCACUCCUGCUCCUUCUUUCGACCAGGGUCCAGCCGAGAAGGCCAAACUCAACAAGGAGAAAGGAAACGCUAUGGACGACUCUUUCAUCGGCUUGACCGGUGGUGAGAUUUUCCAUGAGAUGAUGUUGAGACACCAGGUUGACACUGUUUUCGGAUACGCCGGUGGUGCCAUCUUGCCCGUCUUCGAUGCCAUCUACAACUCUGACAAAUUCAAGUUUGUCUUGCCUCGUCACGAACAGGGUGCUGGCCACAUGGCCGAGGGUUACGCCAGAGCCACCGGAAAGCCCGGUGUCGUUUUGGUCACCUCUGGUCCUGGUGCUACCAACGUCAUCACUCCUAUGCAAGAUGCCUUGAUGGACGGUGUUCCAUUGGUCGUUUUCACUGGUCAGGUUGUCACCAGCUCCAUUGGUACCGAUGCCUUCCAAGAGGCCGACGUGGUCGGUAUUUCCCGUCCAUGUACCAAGUGGAACGUCAUGGUCAAGAACGUGGCUGAGCUCCCGAAGAGAAUCAACGAGGCAUUUGAGAUCGCAACCUCGGGCCGGCCCGGGCCUGUGUUGGUGGACUUGCCUAAGGAUGUCACCGCUUCCAUCUUGAGAGAGGCCAUCCCCAUCAACACCACUCUUCCAUCGAACGCUUUGUCGCAGAUGACCAAGAGAUACACUACCAUGUUCACUACCGAGGCCAUCCAACGCUCUGCUAACCUUCUUAAUAAGGCCAAGAAGCCAAUUAUUUAUGUCGGUGCUGGUAUUCUUAACAGCACCAGAGGUCCAGCCUUGCUUAAGGAGUUGGCUGACAAGGCCCAAAUUCCUGUCACCACCACUAUCCAAGGUUUGGGAGCUUAUGACCAAAACGACGAGAAGUCUUUGGACUUCCUUGGUAUGCACGGAAGCGCCGCUGCCAACACCGCCAUGCAAAACGCUGAUUUGAUUCUCGCGUUGGGUGCUCGUUUCGAUGACAGAGUCACUGGUAACGUCAGCAAAUUUGCUCCUGUUGCUCGUUUGGCUGCUCAGCAAGGUAAAGGUGGUAUUGUCCACUUCGAGAUCAGUCCUAAGAACAUCAACAAGGUUGUCGAGGCCACUGAAGCCGUUGAGGGUGAUGUCACCCGUAACUUGCAAUCUUUCAUCCCAUUGGUCAAGGAGGUCAAGGAGAGAAAGGAAUGGAUGGGCCAAAUCAAGGCCUGGAAGGAGAAAUACGGCUACGACUACAUGAAAGAGACCCCAGGCUCCAAGAUCAAGCCUCAAACUUUGAUUAGAGAAAUUAACAAACAGUCUCAGACUUAUGACAAGGAAGUCAUUGUUACUACCGGUGUUGGCCAGCAUCAAAUGUGGGCCGCUCAACACUUCACUUGGACUAAGCCUCGUACCUUCAUCACCUCCGGUGGUUUGGGAACCAUGGGUUACGGAUUGCCUGCUGCUAUCGGUGCUCAAAUUGGUAAGCCCGAUGCUAUGGUUAUUGACAUUGACGGAGAUGCCUCUUUCAACAUGACCCUCAUGGAAUUGUCCUCUGCUGUUCAAGCUGGUGCCCCAGUCAAGAUCUGUGUUUUGAACAACGAAGAGCAAGGUAUGGUCACCCAAUGGCAAUCUCUCUUCUACGAGCACAGAUACUCGCACACUCACCAGUCCAACCCUGACUUCAUGAAGUUGGCCGAGGCUAUGGGUGUCACUGGUAUCCGUGUUUCCAAGCAGGAGGAGAUGGUUUCCGGUGUCAAGGCUUUCUUGGACUGCAAGGGCCCAGUUUUGAUGGAGGUUGUUGUUGAGAAGAAGGUUCCAGUCUUGCCAAUGGUUCCUGGUGGUAAGGCUUUGGACGACUUCAUUGUUUACGACGCCGAAGUCGAGAAACAAGAGAAGGAGUUGAGAAGAGAGAGAACAGGAGGCAAGCACUAA